GUUUGGUUUUAUAAUGAUAGCCAAGUGUUGUUAAGUGUAAUUCUGAAUAAGAUAUACUAAAGGGAAUUUCGUUUCGAUGGAAGGAAAAUACGAAAUUUUGAUUAGAUUGUGAAUUCUGCGAAGAUAUCAGAAUUUACAUGUUUGUGUAAAUAAAAUCAGAGAUUUGAUUAGAAGAUUUAAAAGAGAAGGGAACAAUUUUAUAUCGAACUUUUAUUGGUAUUUAACGCCAAUGUGAAAAGGACAAAUUGUAAUGUCUGAAGAGUUGGGCUUAUUAAACACGAUUAAGUCUGUGUUUAAUAAAGUAUAAAUUAGAACAUCCUAAAGUCGAAAUUACAGUGUUGCAUUAUGUUUAAACGGUGUUCUUAUAGAUAGAUCAGAAAUAAGACAGUGCGUUACAGACGGUUUAAAGUCAAUGAAUCCUGUUUAGGCAGAGUGUGUUGAUCUCAGAGUCAUACAGCACGUGGUCUUGUGUGUGCGUGUAUCAUGAUCGAACCUCCGACGUUAACCAGUCAGACUGGGCCUGUUUAUAAUUCCCGAUGCCCAGGAUUUGAAUGUGGACAUUUUCCUAGGCGUGAUCUUCACAGGCCUCUCAGAAAACAGAUUUCAGUGACUGUCGAUGGUGGGAUUAAAAGUAAAAGAAGGAUAAAACGAAGUGUGUCAUUUUAUUUGAGCUGGAUUAACGUUUUUCCGUGUUUGUGCAAGUCGGGAAAUGUGAUCUCAGACGCAUCUUGUGACAUUGAUAAUGGACAUGGAGGUCGGUACGAGUACACGGCGCUCGAAGCAGAUUCCACCGUACACGAGCGCAUGGAGUUGGAAAGAAAAUCUCGCGAGAGGGCGCAGAACGCUUGUCAACACUAUUUGCGAUCCUGUUCAAGAUACGCCUUGCUACACCACCUCAACGACAUCGGCUCACGAGUGGACAAGCAUUGGUUCGUGGUUAACGACACGUCCAUGAAGACAGAGCGACUUCUGACUCUGGUACCUCUGAGUCCCAACUGCGCGAUUGAAUGCAACGCCAACACAAGAAGCACUAUCCUAGAACUGUUCCUGGCGCUCCAGCAUCCCUACAUUUAUCCCGUCCUGGACCUGGACUUUCGUGACGUAUCCGGACAGACCUACGUCAUCCUGGUUCUACCUUUUAACAACAGAGGGAGUCUCAAGGAUCUCAUCUACAAAAGUCGAUGGCAAGAUGACUGGAGUCAGAAAUAUGGACAGCGUAGUGCGGGGCUGCCUGUCUCUCAGGUGCAGCGUUUAGGGCGGCAGAUACUAGAGGCGCUGGUGUUCCUCAAAAACCGUGGCUUCCCGCCGUGUAGUCAUCUCCAUUCCGGAAACAUCAUACUACAGAACGGAGUCGCCAGGCUGGCAGGGCUAGAGAAUACGUUGCUAGGACACACAUCACGAGUCCACCCGAUAAUAUGGAGUCGAGCCAAGAACGAACCGCCUUCAGUAGACACAAUAUGCUUUGGGCACGUGCUGUUUGAGAUGUGUGCUGGCUACGAAUUGUGCACGCCACAACCAAGCCAGGGGCAUCUUCUUGACCUCAAGAAUUACCCUCAGGUAGUUGAGGUACUGGAUUUCAUCUUCCGUCACCCUGAGCGACGUUUUCCUUCUGUGGAGGAGUUACUCUUAUGUGAUUUCUUCCGCAACAUUGAUCUCAGAGAGAUGAGGGCUGCACCCUUACCGCAAGCAUUUCAGACACGAUUAACUACGUCAACAAUGAGCCUUCUAAAUGAGGUGAAACAACAUCAGAAUGAAAGUAGGGGACGAAGGACAAACUCGGUUUCUUCUGCGACAGAAGAUGUUUCUCCAAAUAUGAAGGAACGUAGAAAUAACUGUAGCGGAGGCGAAGAUGACGCUGGAAGCAAUGACGGCGCCUGGCGUCCAGACGAUGACUCAACAGAAGAUAAAACCACGGAAUUUCAACAAUCCCCAACUCUGCCUGACGUCUGGUGGUUGUCUGCCCCACAAGAACACCGAGAUCUUAGCCUCCAUGUUCAGGACGACAAUCCCAUAUCCAUGGAAACAAGACGUCUUCUCAGAGGUGGUUGCGGAGAUAGACGUGCCGUAUAUAAUGCUCAAGAAAAUGUUGGAAAGAAGACGCUAUGUUCGCAGCCGAAUUUUUACAGAGUACAUUCGUUUACAUGCGAUUUGGAAAGUGUGUUUACUUCCGAAAAAUGUCACUCGCAGUAAGAUAUAUUUAAUUCAUGUGCGGAAUAUAUGACAGAGCUCCAUUGUUUGUGUCAAAUUGUGGUUUCGUAGAAAAAUGGUUGUGUACUAUAUACCAGCAAUGAACAGAAACAUUCACUUGGACUCUUGUUUUUACAACUUUCAAAAACGAUUCUUGGAAAUAACCAGUUAAUACUUCUAUCAGCGAAUGUUCUAGAGACAGCGCAUGCGCAAUAGAUGCAGCACAUUGGACUCUCCCUGAAGUCUGCUUUCCCUUUGCAAUGUGGAAAGAAAGACGAGGUAAUAUGUCAGGAAGGAAGACUUAUUUUAAUCCCCAAACCACGUGGGUAGAGCCAUCGUCUCAAGUUUAUGCGUGCAACACAAAAGGAAAUCUCUUCAAGAGCACUUCAAGGUUGUUUAUUAUCGCUGUUGAAAUCUCUGCCCCGCCCACAAACAAGUUAGCAAGGAAGAAAUUACUACACUACAGUCAGAAAUAAGGCAAAUUCCAUGAUAUCUUGAAAGACGCCAAGAUAAUUUCAGAUACUUUCUAAUUCAGUAUUCAACUUUUCGGAGGAACAUACUACCUACAUCGUCAACAUUGAAGUGCAUACAGACAUUAUAGAAGAAUGUGCUAUCUCCAUAUUCAUGCUUGAAUUGUAUAUCAUUGCUUCGGAGAUAUACGUCGUUUUCGUCUUUAGUACGUAUUUGACUGACUUGACAAAAUGUAGUCUACAGAAAGUUAUCUGUACUUCACAGUUUCAUAAACCUCUUUUGGACAUAACUGGAGCUGUUACUGGCGUACAGGGG